AUGGUAGACGAUAAAUACAUUGGACUGGCGCUGGCCAUCUCGUCGUCGCUGGCCAUUGGCACGUCGUUCAUCAUCACCAAGAAGGGUCUCAUGGAUGCCUCCUCCCGACACUCGGCCGACGCCGGCGACUCGUUUGCCUAUCUGAAAAACCCCAUCUGGUGGGCCGGCAUGAUCACCAUGGCGGUCGGCGAGAUAGCCAACUUCGCGGCCUACACGUUUGCGCCGGCGAUUCUUGUCACGCCGCUGGGCGCGCUUUCCGUCAUCAUUGGAGCUGUUCUGGCGUCGUUUUUCCUCAAGGAAAAACUCGGCAUUCUGGGCUCUCUGGGCUGCGCCAUCUGCCUGAUCGGCUCGGUCAUCAUCGUGCUCCAUGCGCCAGCCGACAAGGACGUUCAGACCGUCGACGAGAUUCUCAACUACGCCGUGCAGCCCGGGUUUCUCAUGUAUAUUUGCGCCGUGGCCGCGUUCGCCGGAUUCAUGAUCUACAAGGUGGCCCCACGACUGGGACGAGUCAACCCCAUGAUCUACAUUUCCAUCUGCUCAUCGGUGGGCUCCAUCUCGGUCAUGAGUAUAAAGGCGUUUGGAAUCGCCCUCAAGCUGUCGCUGGGCGGCAACAACCAGUUCACCCACCCAUCCACCUACGUGUUCCUCAUCGUCGUGGCGGUGUGCAUCGUCACCCAGAUGAACUACUUCAACAAGGCCCUCGACCAAUUUGACACCAACAUUGUCAACCCUCUGUACUACGUCACUUUCACCACCUGCACUCUGGCGGCUUCGUUCAUUCUGUUCCAGGGGUUCAACACCAGCUCCGCCGUCGACGUGAUUUCGCUCAUUUGUGGCUUUCUCAUCAUCUUCACCGGAGUCUAUUUGUUGAAUAUCUCCAAGACGGACCCCGAUGGAUCCAACCUCAUGCCCGGCCGGGCUCUGGAUGGCAUUCCCAUGGACAAUGGCGUGGCGUCGCUGCAGACCCGACGGUCGGCCCAGUUUGCCCGAAACUCGCUGCAUCGACGGUCCGAUUCGCUCAGACAGCAUGAGGUGCGGCUCGUCAACGACUACGACGAGGAGCAGUCGCUGGGCAUGACGCGGCUGGAUGAUCUGGACGACGAGGACGACGGCUUUGAUAUUUCCGACGAGAGGGAGUUGUUGAGACGGCACUAG